GAAUUCUGUUUCCUCAACUCAACUAUAUGGCUCUCCACACAUCUCAAGAGCCAAUAUUUUCCCACUAUUUAAAUUAUCAAACUCACACCAUUCAUCAUCAAAUUUUCAUACCCAUUCACAAAUCUAACAAAUCGAACAAUGAGUGCUGCGGAUCAUAAUGAUGGGGAGUGUGGAAUUAUGUUUACGGAAAAAGAAGAACUUCUGGUGGUGAAGUCAUGGAACUUGAUGAAGAAGGAUGCUGCCGAAUGGGGUCUCAAGUUUUUUCUCAAGAUAUUUGAGAUAGCACCAUCAGCUCAAAAGAUAUUCCCAUUUCUGAGAGACUCGAAUGUUCCACUCGAGCAGAAUCCUAAGCUUAAGCCUCAUGCCAAAUCUGUAUUUGUCAUGACGUGUGAAGCUGCAGUUCAGCUACGGAAAGCAGGGAAAGUUGUGAUCAGAGAUUCUACCCUACAAAAAAUGGGCACCGUCCACUCCAAAUACGGCGUCGUCGAUGAACAUUUUGAGGUGACGAAAUAUGCAUUGUUGGAGACUAUAAAAGAGGCAGUGGGAGAAAUGUGGUCACCGGAGAUGAAGAAGGCAUGGAGUGUGGCAUAUGAUCAUUUGGUUGCUGCCAUCAAGUCCCAAAUGAACCCACAACCAUAAAAUUCUCUUUCAUAAAUCAAUUACUUCAGUGAGAAGUUUGAUUAAAUCUUGUGUACGUUUUGGGUGUAAUUGUAUUAUGCAAAAUUAAUUAAAUAAUCCUCAUAGGGCCAAAGUACUUUUGAAUUUGUGAUUAUGCAAGGCAUUGUAAAAUAAAAUGUGUUAUUUGAAAGAAA